UUAACGUUUUUAACUAUCGAUGAAAUUUCAUCUCUGAAAAUAAAAGUAUCAUCGCCAUACACUGAAAGCUUGAAGAAAAUAUAAACAACUCGCAAUACGAUUCAUUAAUUAGUAAAUAUAAAAAAGGAGAGCGAAAUAUGCAGACAGGAAACGCAUCAAUCGGCGGAAAAGACUACAACUCCACUUCUACCUCCGCAUCCGCAUCCGCAGAUUGGCACUAUUGGUGUCGACUUUGCGCAAAGAUUGAUACACACAGUGAAAAUAUUUUCUAUGAACAUCAACCACAAAUAACUUACUCGGGGGGCAAAAGUGACGAUAAUAGAUGUACAAUGGCCGUAGCAAUAGGAAAAUAUUUUUACGUACAAAUAAAACACGAUGACGAUUUGCCCAAAUUAUUAUGCACAGAGUGCAUUUCAUUGGUGACAACCCUUCUAGAUUUUAAUGAACGUGUUGUUAAAGUGCAAGAAAUGUAUGCUGAACUGCAAAGUGCUCAAUUCAGUAACGAUAGAGAUUUUCAGUCUAUUCGACUAAAAUAUGGAAUUCUGAAGGAAGAUCCAGCUCAAUUAUACAAGCACCAACAUGAAGAAGAUUGUUUUACUGAAAAGAUUGAUGAAGCAAGUGUGGUAAACAUGCACAAUUUUGAAAUCAAAUUAAUAACGGAAAUUUCAACCGAUUGUAUGCAAACCAAUGAAGUUAGUCAUUCACUCGAAUUUGAAGGCACGGAAGGUGAAGAUCCAUUUGCCAGCGGAGUUGUCGUUGAGACCUCUGAAAACCAGACUCUUCGUGCAAUAAAAGAAUGUGAUGGAGAAAGUAAUGAUGGUAAAUUAUCUGAUUUCAUACCUUUGAAUGCACAGAAUAAGUUAUUAAAAACCGAAAUAAACACAAAUGAAAAGGGAGGAGCUUCAAAAAAAGAUAAUGAAUUGAAGUUAAUUGAUACUAAUCGUAAACGAUCUCAUAAAAGUAGUUUUGGUAUAAAGUUAGAAAAGUUUAUUACUGGCUCCGAGGGAAAGUCAACUGAUGACAAAUACUUUUGUAGCACCUGCUCCCUUCAUUUUCAACGUCCUGGCAAUUUUCGUGUGCAUAUGAAGAAAAGACAUGGCAUCGUAUAUGAAUUAGAUCCUUUGACAUGUCCUCAAUGUCAAAAAUCUUUCAAAACAGAGUUCAAACUAACCCAUCACAUAAAAACGCAUCGGCCACUGUCGGAUAAGCGAAUAUUUCCAUGCCCACAAUGUGAUCGAAAAUUUCAAACAAAAGAUUCUGUAAGCACACAUAUAAAAUUUGUUCAUGAAGAUAUUCGUCCAUUUAUUUGUGAAGAAUGUGGUAAAGGUACACGAACCGAAACAACACUACGAGAACAUAUGCUUAUACACACUGACCUGGCACCUUUUGAAUGUGAAAUAUGUAAGAAAGGUUUCAAAAAUCAGGCGCGUUUAAAGAAUCAUAUGCAGAUACACAGUUCCAGUAAGCACAUCUGCAGAGAAUGCGGCUUGCAAUUAAAUACUCGUGAAACUCUAAAUCGUCAUAUGCUCGUACAUUCUGAUAUUAUGCGUCAUAAGUGUGAUUAUUGUGGGCGAGCUUUUAAACGAGCCAAAACGUUGAAGAAUCAUUUAAUACUCCAUAGUGGUCUAAAGCCCUAUACAUGUGACUUCUGUGACAGAACUUUUGCAACUGGGGCCAAUUGCCGGACUCACAAAAGAAAAUCACAUCCGGAAGAAUUAGCGGCAUUAGAGGCUUCAGGAGAAAAAACUUACACGAAAAAUAUACCCAGAUUGUCUGUAUUAAAAACAGUAACGCAAUCUGCCGAAAAUCUAAUUCCUGUUGGCUCCAAACAGAAUGAUGACCUUUUAUUAGGAAGGAAAUUGAAACUUCCGUCCGAUUGUGCUAUUGGUGCCAAUCACUCCAGUUCCUUGACAACGAUAAAUUCAUCGGCUGAAACAGUACUUUCAAGCACAGUGAGCCAAGGCGAAUUUAUUACAGGCGAUGGCCUUCGCAACGGAGAGCAAAAUAUGCAGACAGGAAACGCAUCAGUCGGCGGAAAAGACUACAACUCCACUUCUACCUCCGCAUCCGCUUCCGCAGAUUGGCACUAUUGGUGUCGACUUUGCGCAAAGAUUGAUACACACAGUGAAAAUAUUUUCUAUGAACAUCAACCACAAAUAACUUACUCGGGGGGCAAAAGUGACGAUAAUAGAUGUACAAUGGCCGUAGCAAUAGGAAAAUAUUUUUACGUACAAAUAAAACACGAUGACGAUUUGCCCAAAUUAUUAUGCACAGAGUGCAUUUCAUUGGUGACAACCCUUCUAGAUUUUAAUGAACGUGUUGUUAAAGUGCAAGAAAUGUAUGCUGAACUGCAAAGUGCUCAAUUCAGCAACGAUACAGAUUUUCAGUCUAUUCGACUAAAAUAUGGAAUUUUGAAGGAAGAUCCAGCUAUACAGCACCAAGAUGAAGGAGAGUGUUUUACUGAGAAAAUUGAUGAAGCAAGUGUGGCAAACAUGCACAAAUUUGAAAUCAAAUUAAUAACGGAAGUCUCAAGCGAUGGUAUCCAAACAGAUGAAGUUAGUCAUUCACUUGAAUUUGAAGGCACGGAAGGUGAAGAUCCAUUUGCCAGCGGAGUUGUCGUUGAGACCUCUGAAAACCAGACUCUUCGUGCAAUAAAAGAAUGUGAUGGAGAAAGUAAUGAUGGUAAAUUAUCUGAUUUCAUACCUUUGAAUGCACAGAAUAAGUUAUUAAAAACCGAAAUAAACACAAAUGACAAGAGAGGAUCGUCAAAGAAGGAUAAGAAAUUGAAGUUAAUUGAUACUAAUCUUAAACGAUCUUACAAAAGUAGUUUUGACAAAAAGUUAGAAAAGGGUAUUACUGGCUCCGAGGAAAAGUCAACUGACGACAAAUACUUUUGUAGCACCUGCUCUCUUCAUUUCCAACGUCCUGGCAAUUAUCGUAUACAUAUGAAGAAAAGACAUGGAAUGGCACUAGAACCUUUGACAUGCUCUCAAUGUCAUAAAUCUUUCAAGACAGUAUUCGAAUUGAAUUUCCAUAUAAAAACACAUCGUCCACUAUCAGAGAAACGAAUUCUUCCAUGCCCACAAUGUGACCGAAAAUUUCAGACAAAAGGUUCUGUAGCCAGGCAUAUAAAGUUUGUUCAUGAAGAUAUUCGUCCAUUUAUUUGUGAAGAAUGUGGAGAAGGAACACGAACCGAAACAACACUACGAGAACAUAUGCUUAUACACACUGACCUGGCACCUUUUGAAUGUGAAAUAUGUAAGAAAUGUUUCAAAAAUCAGGCGCGUUUAAAGAAUCAUAUGCAGAUACACAGUUCCAGUAAGCACAUCUGCAGAGAAUGUGGCUUACAAUUAAAUACUCGUGAAACUCUAAAUCGUCAUAUGCUAGUACAUUCUGAUAUUAUGCGUCAUAAGUGUGAUUAUUGUGGGCGAGCAUUUAAGCGUGCGAAAACGCUAAAAAGCCAUUUAAUACUCCAUAGUGGUCUAAAGCCCUAUACAUGUGACUUCUGUGACAGAACCUUUGCUAAUGGGGCCAAUUGUCGUACUCACAAAAGGAAAUCACAUCCGGAAGAAUUAGCGGCAUUAGAGGCUUCAGGAGAAAAAACAUACACGAAAAAUAUACCCAGACUGGCCGCAUUAAAAACAGUAACAAAGCCUAUUUGUACUGUUGGCACAAAGGACUCCGAUUCGAUGAUAAAGAUAGAUGGAUCUGCUGAAACAGGACUUUCUGAAAGUAAAACAAUGUUUAAUAAUACUAAUGAUUCAGAUACAGGCAACUUUCCAAAUGGAAGUAAUACACAAUCAUCAUUUUGGUAAAGUAAAAAAAUUAAUUUGCUUUUGAAAGUUAAUUAGUUUAAAUAAAUAUAAAGAAGUUUACGAAAUUGAUAAAGGGGAAACUGAUAUCCACAAAAUCUGCACAAGCAUAGUACGGCCGGCAAUAUUUUCGGCUAAAAUUUAUUUACCAUUUUGUUUGUGGCGGAGGGGUUAGAAGCGUGGUAACUUCUACUCCACAACUAGGCAACUCAAACAUUUCAAUGAUUUAUUCUUUCCAUUCUACGACGUCUAUGUCCCACGGUAGGCAAUGGCAAAUCUCCGAGUGUGUUUAUGCCAUAAAAAUGGCUACUCAUAAAUGUACUAAAAUUUACGAGAUAGUGACAUGACAUUUUUUGUUAAGAAAUUGAAAGUAAGUAAAUUAGCGAGUAUAAAGUUUCAAAACUGCUUUUAUUUAAACAUUAGAGUGAACAUUGGGCAAUUUCAGCCGAAACCAAACAUUUUAAAGGGCUCAAGUAAUAAUCUCCCAUAUGUACAUGUCGUAAUUAUUUAUUGCUCGUGGCUAAAUAAUUUGUUAGUUUUAUUAUUUAUUUAUUAAAAGAAUUUAUUAAAAUACUCCACAUAAAAAUAUAAAAACUUUUGGUAGAGUUGCCCCCCAUUAGCCAAAAAUUGCGAAAAUAAUAUAUACUAACGCAUACAAUAUAACAACACUACAAUCAAACGGAACGUGAUUGAAAAAAAUAUAAUAUAUACCAUACUAUUAUGUAGGUCUGCUACGUAUAAAAAAAAAAACAAAUAAAUUGGCGUGGAUGAUUCACAAAUUUCGUUAUCUACUGAAGAAAUCUGGGAAAAAAUUAUUGCCUACAGGAUAAAUUAAAAGAAGCAUUACUAAUGAUAAAAAUAUAGUUCAAUAACUUUACAAAGAAGAAGUGUGUUAAUAAUUUCCACAUAUACAAUAUAAAAAAUCUAAAUUGGUUAAAUGUAUAGUUUAA